AUGCCUCGCACACCAUUUGAUUUUCACAAGCAGGGAGCAAGUAAUAGGACAGCAGACAAGGUGCCAACACUUCCCCCACCAGAUAUGGCUGAGGUGCAGAAACUCAUCGACAAUGCCGUGGCACGAGCACGCGCGGCAGCAGCAUUAAAGGAGCGGAAAAGCCCAAAGAGGGCAGAUCGAGUGAGUCUUAACAGUCCACGUGACAACUCGCCUCUUGUGUUCAACCACCAAAGCAGUACCUCAACACGUGCAAAGGAUUUCAUCUGUGCGUUUGUUGUAACCCUUGUUGCAAUUUACUUUGCCUUGUCAGGUUACUUCUUAUACCAAGAAGUUGGUGGAUUUCCGUGA